AUGGCUUUACUGUAUACACUGUGGAAGAGUAUCUCUUCUACUUUUUGGUCUGAAUGGUUUUGGUUACCAACAAAUUGUACUUGGAAACAAUUAGAAAAUACUGAUAGUGGAAUAUAUUUACCUCAAGCAGGAGAUAUUAUUAUUGUUUUACCCUUAGCUGUGUUAUUGUUGGUUGUUCGAAAACUUUUUGAAAGAUAUUUUGCAUCUCCACUAGGUCAAUAUUUGGGACUUAGUUUAACAGGAGAGAACGUAGAGAAACCUACACCAAAUAUUAUUUUAGAAAAAUUCUUCCAUGAUAAUAAAAAACCUACAGAUGCAGAUUUUGUGGCUUUGCAAAAACAGACUGAUUCUACAAGACGUCAAAUAGAACGAUGGUUUCGUAACCGCAGAAAUCAAGACAGAACAAAAACUCUUCAUAAAUUUACGGAAAGCAGUUGGCGUUUUAUUUUUUAUUUACUUAUUUUUUGGUAUGGAGUGGUUGUUCUUCAUAAUAAACCCUGGGUUUGGGAUAGAAAGUUAACUUUUCAAGGAUGGCCAUAUCAUCAUGUGACCAAUGAUAUAUUCUGGUAUUAUGCCAUAGAAGCUGGUUUUUAUGUUUCUUUACUGAUAUCAGUAUUUUCAGAUGUCAGACGGAAGGAUUUUUGGGAAAUGGUUGUUCAUCACCUCUGUACACUUGGUUUAAUGUUUACGUCAUAUAGUGGCAGUCUGUUGCGAGUAGGCGCCCUUGUUCUUGUAGUUCAUGAUGCAGUGGAUUAUUGGUUAGAGGCAGCAAAGUUGUUUAAAUAUAUUGCAACUGUAAAUAAGAAAUGGCAGCCACUUUGUGAUAUUUUGUUUGUUAUUUUUUUUAUAAUAUGGAUAGCUACACGAUUAAUAAUAUUUCCAGUUUGGAUAAUUUAUAAUACACUGUUUCUAGCUCCAAACUAUUUUGGUUUUCCACCUCUAUAUUUCCUGAUCAAUUUUAUGCUGGUUGCAUUACAAAUUCUUCAUAUAUUUUGGUCAAUUAUAAUUGGAAAGAUAGCAUGGAAUGCCAUUAAUAAGGGGGGCAUUGAGAAAGAUGAAAGAAGUGACAGUGAUAUAGAAGUUUCUGGUGAAGAAGAAAACUCAAAUAAACCAGAAUUCAUUAUAAACGGUUCCCACAAUCUACGGAGUAGAGUUACCCAACAGGAGAGUGUUAAUAGCCAUAAAUAGUUCAUACAUGUAAAUAUGUGUCUGCUUGGAAAAUACGCUUUGUCUUAUUUUUUUGUUUCCUGUAUGUAUGUAUAUAUAUAUAUAUAUACACCACAGUGUAUUGUUAUCUAACUAUUCAUUGUUUUUAUACCCCUACAUUUAAUGUGAAUGUAUAUCGUUGUGUCCUCUAUCCGUCAUUCGCUUUCCAUCCACAACGUAAUGAAUAUUUUUCAAAUUUGCAGGCAUUGUCCAAGAUCCCUAUCUAAAUUCAAUGCUUCAUGAUGGCAAUUUUUGACAUUUUGUGAAAAAAGAUAAUGGUGACAGUUUUUGAUGGAAUUUUUCAAAAUUUGGUGGAGUUGUUUAUUAGGGACAGAGUUCUUAGUGGAUUUUUGUUAAUACUGUUCUGCAUAAUUUUUUGAAAAUAAUUUUCAAGUUAUGACAGACCCUGCUGCUGAUGGGUAUAAUAUUGAACCUGUGCUGUUCUAGCAUUAAUGUUAUUUUUUUAUAUAUAAACUACGCACUAUUAGGAAUCACAUUUAUUAUCUAUGACAAUUUUUGAAAUGUUCAUAUAAUGGCCAUAUAAGGCAUGUAUAUAAUUGUUAUUAUUUUUUUUAACCAAUACCCCUUGUUUUUAUUUACAAUUCAGUUUUACUGCAAGUUAAAGAGAUUUAAUCUGGGUACUAAUAUUGAAUUUGUUUGGAUUGAUUUGAUGUGUUAUUUUAAUAAGUGAUGGAAAAACUCUAUGCAAUUAGAUUUUAUUUACGUUCGUUUCAUUUUUGACAUUAUGUUAACAGUGCAAACCAGGGUUCUUAAUCCUUUUGAAAUGAACCGGUCACGUGUAAUGGAUAGUCGUCUUUUCAACGACAGCCAUGUUUGUUUGUCGUACUCUAUUCACAACAAUAAUUUCAUAACUGCAUAAAAUAUUCAGAAUAAUAAUUCCGAAAACUCUGAAUAAACAAUGCCUUGGCAAUUGCAUACUUGUAUUCAUACCUCGACAUAUAUCGAAAUUUAUAUUCAAAAUUUCAGAAACUUGCAUAAUGCAUAUCCUACUUUUGCUUCCAUCCUAACAAAUAGAUGUUAUAAUUUUGUAAAAAGAAAAACUACAAGUAAAUAUAUAUUAGUUUCUUUGAUUAUUUUAUUUGUAAGUACAUGUCAAUAUAUAUAAACAAAUUAGUUUCCAUGUAUAGUCUGAAAUAAGUUGUAUGUACGAAAGAUCUAUACUAAUGUCCAAAAGAAAGUAUACACUGUCCAUUUUGUGCUGCAUCAACCAAAGUCGUUUUUCCAUGGUAUACGGUAUUUGGGUAGAAUGUCAAUUUGUUUCACAUUUUUAUUUUGCUUAGAAAUGUUGAGUUUGGACACAAGAGACCAACCCAGUAAUGCUUUAUCAAAUGUUUUUAAUCUAAACAAAACUUAGUCAUACUUUUAGUGUGUAUACUUUCUUUUGACCUCAGUAUAGUUAAUUUAUUUUUAGAUUAUUUUAUUUUCAGUUUUACCGGUAUACAAUUGUUGGGGUUUUAGAUUAGUUUACUUUUGGUUUUACCAGCAUACAAUUGUGAAUGGAAAGAUGACAAGGGGGGAGCCAUCCAGACUUAUUCACAUUAGCCAAUCUAGAUUCUCUACAUUUAAAUGACAUCUAAGUUCUGUCUGGAAAAUCACCUUUGCAUUCAACACUGCUAACUGGUAGCAUCCUCUUUAUUUCCAUAAGCUUCAUCAUAUUUUGAAAUUGAUUUUUUAAACAACUGGUAUGGCAGCUGACCAGUAAAUCAUCUGGCGUAUAAUGGGGCAUUCCGAUAAAACUGUGUUUGUUUUCAGUUUUAGAAAAAUGUCUAGAAUCACUUGUAACACAAUAUUCUUUGGUUUAAAAAAGGCAAACACGGAAAGAAUUUUGUUGUCAAGAUCAGAUACACUGUCCACAACCCUAGUCGGGGAUCACGUGGCUAAGUGGGUAAGACGCUGGCUCGCUAGCCUGGAGGUCGGGUGUUCAAUCCCUGCAUUGGCCGAGAAAGUUCAUCCAGAUUUUCCAGCGUGGUUUCCCCUUGUCAGUGAUGCAGGGCGGAGGGCCUGACAAGGACAGCUGUUUAGUCGUUCGGAUGGGACGAAAAACCGAGGUCCCGUGUACACAUUGGCGUGCACGUAAAAGAUCCCUUGCCAGUUGGAAUUCAAUAUAAGGGUACGCCGUAGCGCCGCUGCCCGGGCAAAAUUUCCCUCAGCACACUGUAUGGCGUAUGCCCGUCUUCAUUAGCCCAGGUUAGGAGCAGAACAGUAGGACGUUAAACCCCAUUUCAUUUCCACAACCCUAGUCACUGUUUUUGUUGUUGCUGUUAAAAACCUGUCUACUGUCUGUCUCAUACCCCCUUUCCCCAAGUGUAAUACCUGUAACAUUCUGCUUAUUGCCCAUUCAGAUGGGGUGACAAACCGAGGUUCUGUGCACACAUUGGCAUGCACAUAAAGAAUUCUUGACAGUUGGAAUUAGAAAUAAGGCCGUAGUGCAGCUGUCCAGGCAAAGUUUCCCUCUUGGCACACUGUAUGGCAUAUGCCCAUCUUCAUUAGCCCAGUAGGAGCAGAACAGUAGGCAUUAAAACCCCAUUUCAUUUCAUUUCUGCUCAGUGCGGGAUACACCUAACAAAUCUUGCAAAAAUGCUGUAUAGAAAAGGAAUUUAUUAGUUUUUAAGCACAAAUAUAAGGCAUCAGCCAUUAUAUCUGUUUCCGAGUUAUCUCCAGCAUUUUCAACAAUGCUGGCAAUUUUUUUUACAAGUGGUUCUACUGUGUUUAUCAUAGAUAGCCAUCAGACUUUACAAACUUCUGAUGGCUUUACAAUAGGUUCAUCAAAACGUUUUGCCAAAUUUUUAAUUUUGACAGCUACUUUGGUGACCGACAAAAAAAUAAUGUCACAGUGGUCAGGGUACUUUCAUUAACAGCUCUGUCAGUAUCAGCCUUCGAUACAUCCACAAUAGCAAGGGCAACACAAUGAACUUCUAUAAGUAGUGGAUGGUUUUCCUGUAGUAAGGCUGCUACACCACCCCGUUUUCCCCAACCUUAGGGCGCCCCAUCUGACCCCAGGCCAAAAAUCUUCUUGUUUUGUUGGCUUAUAAAAAUGCGAUAAUGACAUUAGUGAUAGCAACUGCAUUGCAUUCUUUCACUUCAGCAAGUUUCCACCCUUCAAAUAAUAGAAAUAAAAAAUUAAGUGUUUCUCAGAGGAAAGAUCCAUGCUGUCAUCAAACAUGAAAUUUACGAGUCAGACUGGCUCGGAUAUUUGAGAGUAUCACUUUCUCAAGUUUACUAGAAAUUAAAGAAAUAAAUUCACCACAAGAAUUAAAAUCAUGAUAUAAUUUUUUUGUCAUUUCAUGUUCCUGUCAAAUCGUUCAAUUGUUCAUACUUUUUGAUGGUAAUGUUUCUUUUGGCCAUGAAAUACACAUUUCGACUUAACAAAGUCAUUGAACUAUCCGCCUGGUCCAAAACAAUUUCAGUAGAUUUAGUAAUUAAACUAUUUGUUGCCGAUAAAUGGGAUUGUCAUUCUACCAAAUUACAUCAACAUAACAUUUUUGACUCAAAUCAAAGAGUGCUUUAUAGUUGUUGUGAUAUUCUGUUGAAUAUGACCCAUAACUCAACAUUAGGGAGUUGAGAUAUUCAGUCAGUAGCGAUCUCAUCAAAUGGCAGAGUUAUUGUCCGAAUAUUUGAUUCAAUUAAUAUUUCAAAUAGUUAUUUUGGUUGUUUUUGCCACAUUUUCAUUAUCUCCCUCAUGACAUAAUUCAGUAAUUCCUUGUGUUAUUUUGUAGAACCUAUCAUUAUUAUGUAUUUGCUUAUUCUGAUUAAAGUUAGAAUCUGUUUGAUUAUAUAUCUCUGAAAAUAUAAUUACUGGUAUGUAGCAAUUUUUACAUAUUUUGCCUAUAUUUUAUUACAUUUUUUAAUAUGAUUUUUGUGCAUGGCACAACUUUUCAAGUUUUACUAUCUGUAUGUUUACACAUCUAGACAUAUUCUAUUUUUAUUCAUUUGUGAAUGUUUGCACUGUUUUCUUUUUAUAUUCAAUUAUAUUACUCAAUAAGCAAUUUAUAUGUCUGUGUCUUUCGUUAUAAAUAGUUAAAUUACUAAGGGUGCAGAGACAAAUCAACAGAUAAAACCUAAUUACUCCCCUUUCCUCGGAAUGUUUUAUAUGCCAACAUUUCAUGUGGGAGUGUAUUGUCGAAACUCCUGUCCGUCUGUCAACAACUCUCAUAAAGCUCUUUGAUAUAUUUUUUUUUUAUCAAAUUUGAUUUGUUAAGGAGGGUUCCUUUCAUAAUUCAAAUUUUUUUGAAGUUCCAUCCGCUGUCACCGAAUGCUUGUAAAUCUACAGGGUUAUUGAGAUUACGUUUUUUGGACAUACUGGGAUUAUUCUGCUAGUCCAAUCUCAGCCUUUAAUUUUAUGCCACAUUUCAAAAAGCUGAUGGUUAUAUAUGCAAACUAUUUAAUCAACCAUGUUCAUACAUGUACAGAUCUAUUUAUAUUAAGUUGUUGUAUUACAAAUAUAUGAAUUAUUUUUAAUUUAAGUCUGUCGACAGACAUAAUAUAAAUAAUUAUAAUUGUCCAUGUUCUAUACAAAUACUCAAGCUUGAUGUUGAACACAGGUUCAAACAUUGUAGUUGUCAGCAGCCAUAUUGUUAAUAAAACUUAAUAAUAGCCUACAAAUUGAGUCUAUAGGGUUGCUUAUUACCAAAGAGAAAUUGUGUGUCAGCGGGGUGUUCUCACUUUCCCAGCAGCUAUUGUUUACCAGGUAAAAUCAUUGGACCAGUACUAAUUGGGGUAACAAUGGUGUUAAAACUAUAGUCUUUUUUUUUUCAUAUCAAUAUUAACCACUUCACAUAAAAGUUAUUUUAUUAACAAAUUUAGCAUGUACAUAUAUAUUUUUCAUAUCAAUAUUAACUACAUACAAGUUAUUUUGUUAACAAAUUUAGUAUUGUACAUGUAUAUUUAAAAUCCGACUAAAUGUGAUAUCGAAUUUCCGUAUUCAUAUAAAGUCGUCAAACCAGUUAAUAAUCUUUGUUUUUCAUCAUGUAUUCUUCUGUUUAAUUCUAUGUAUUUUCUUUUCUUUGGACGUGAAACGCGUCCAUUUCCAUAUUGUAAAAUUUGUAUCUCUGUGUAACCCUGUUCUAUGAAUCUAAAAAUAUUCGGAUGGUUUGACGAUACUUUCUUUAACUUUGAAUGCCAACCUUCAAAAUUGUUGGUUGUUCUUGCACCUUCAGUAUAGAAAUGGUUCCAUAAACUUAUAUCUACACCUUCGACCCACUGUUCUGUAAUAUAGUCUGCCAAUUCGCGAACCCCAGGAAUAUCCAUAUCCACAUCUUCUAAGGAGUAAAACCAAAAGUCUUUAAUAUCACCAGGUUUUAUAAGGGCUAACACGGCCGCUCGUUUCACAAAACUAGUCACAGAAUUGUUCUCACCAUACAGUUUCUGCAAACCAUGUUUCUGGGCAUUUCUCCAGAUAGACUGUCGGAAAUGGAACAUACAACCUUUAAGGGUGCAGUUAAAUUCUAGACGAACUGCAUUCUGUGCUGCUACUUCGAAGUCUGUGAAGAUGGUAGUUGGUUGUAGGUUUAAAUUUAAUGAAUUGGAUUUCUCUUUCAGUAUCUGGAAAAGUUUUUGGUAUGUUGACUGUCUUUUAUCUGGCAUAAGGGCGUAUACCAACAGAAACAUCUUGAUACCAAUAAAAGCAUGGAUAGUGUAUAGUUGAUAAUAAAGGGUUGGACAAAUAGCGAAGGUUCCGUCGCAGAAUAGGAUAUUGGCUGCUGCUAGUUGGUAGAGAUUUUCUUGGGUGCAGAAUACUAACAUCUUAUUCUGGUAUUCUGCAUGAAGUAAGAAGUUUUCACCAUUUUUUGUUUCUUUAUAACAUUGAGGCAGUUCUACAUCACAUCGGUUCUUUGGUAUAGUUGGUAAAUUUUGGGAUAUGGCUCGAUAUAACAUGGAAUGUGCACUGUAAAAAGUUUGUAGAAACUUUACAGUCAUCUGCUUCUGAAACUCGUAAAUCUGAAAAAAUAUCAAAAAUUGAAAACUAUUAUAUUAUAUAUAUCUAUUGUCAAUAUUUACUAAAUUUCUUGGUAUAUAUAGUGGAGUAGUUGAUUUUAGUUGGGGUUUUUUUUUCAAAUGUUGAUUUAUUUCACUUACUGUUAAUUUCUUCUUGGUAAACUGCUGGAAUUGGCUUAGCAUCUGCUUUAACCGAUUCUUUCAUUGCUGUAAAAAACAUGUCAACUUUUAAUUUGGUUGGAUCAGCUUGAUGAUUAUGGAUGUUUCUGUGGGUAGUAACCAGGUCAUUCCUGGUAUUGCAAGUAGCAGGGCAUUCACGAACAGUACACCUCCAGUGAAUGGUGGCUCCUCUUCUUGUCUUAACAUUAAACUUAUAAUUAUCAUAAACUAGGCUUCGAGUACCUCUCGAGUUUGGAAUGAAUCUAACAUACAAUUUGAACUUUCAACUAUUUAAUAAACUUUUAUCAUAAACAGUGUUCAUCGUAAUUAAGUAUAAAAUUAAACUGACAUAUGAACAAAAAAUCAGACUGUGAUUUAUAGUUCACACAUGUCAUAGGUUAAAUUGAACUGUUCAUGCAAUAAUUAAAACAGAGUAUAUAACUCAGUAAUCUAUAACUAAUCCCUAAUCCGCCUAAUUAGUAGGGUUAAUCUGCUGGGAAAGUGAGCACAAACCUUGUCAGCAUUAGCAAUGGUGUUCUUCCAAAUAAGAGAACUUGUUUAGCAAACGUAAUUAACCAUAUGUCUUUGUUAAAAUAUAUGGUGUAGAAAUAACCUCCAUCAUUGUAUACCAUGAACUCUGUAUAUAAAUUAUUAGUAUAUUUGUUUAAGACACAUAAAGAAGGCAAAAUUUGGGAUCAGUGCAGUAUAAUGUCAAAUUCAAUAACAGAAUUGAUUGAUUUGAAUAAUAUUUGGUUUUAAACUUUAUAUUUAAAUUUUAUUCUGUCAUAUUGUUUUGGUUUGAUAGAGAUAUGGAUUUUAACAGUUUCAAUUUACACUGCCAAAAUAUUGACCAAAUGUACAUGUAAUUGUGUACUUGGUCCCAAAGAACAAAACCUUUAAGAUAUGGAUGGAGCAGUUUAAAAUAAAAACAAAACAGAUGGAAUUUAACUAAUUCUACAGGACUGGAAAUUUAAAGGAGAUCCCUAAUGAUUGAUGAAUACAUGUUAAUACUGUUCUGAAUCUUCAGCACAUGCACGAAAGGGUUGACAACUUGGCUAAAUGUUUACAUCAUGUGGUUUGUUAGACAGUUGGAAAUGGAGAGAUAUUUUGUCUUCCCCCUUAUAUCUAGUCUCACUUGUCUCGUAAAGACUUUUUCUCUGUCAACUUGACAUGACUUUUGAAGUUGAAAUAUAUGCUAUAUAUCUAAUUAUUGUAAUGAAGCCUGCGACGUUUAAGAUGUAUAAUCAUGUUUCAAAUUAUGUUUAUUUUGAUUACCUCUAAGAUAUUUUUAAAGAUAUUUAUAUUUAUGAAAGUUAUAUUUUUCUUAUGACUAAAUUCUGUUUAUUGAUAAACAGGAAUACAAUUUGAAUUGAAACAAAUUUACCUUCAGAUGGUAUUAGCCUAAUUUAGAUUUUAAAAUUUAUGAUUAAAAUAUAAUCAACUGAUUUAUAAAAUCUUGUUGAAUUAUGUUCAAAUAUUUUAAGGAAUCUUUCUUGAUAUUAAUGUGAAUUUUAUAUUAGAUUAAUUAGUUUUGUGGAAUUGGGCUUUUUUUUAAAUUGUUUGAUUUUAUUUUGUAGUAAUGGAAUGUAACCUAAGUUGUUAUAAGAUAUACUAGAAUUUAUCAAAUUGUACAUAUGACAUAAUAGAAUAGAUUUUUUGUUUCUGUUUUUUUUUUUCUUUUUUUUUAAUAAACACUAUUUUAUUGAAUUUUAGGAUUGGGAAACAGGCAAAGCCUAUAUAAUCCUUCUCCCCAAAUUUGAGCAAACCCAACAAUUAUUAAAGAGGCAUUAUCACUUCCACCAAAUUUUGCUGACAAUUAAAAAUGAACAUGCCUUAUGUAACUGUGUAGUCAGUCCUAUCACCUUAAAUGGAAAAUCAUUUUUUAACUAAUUGCUAAUGUCUCUCUGAUAAUAGUUAUUAUUAUUGUUCGAUUUAUAUAGCGCUUCAUUACACGUGAAGUGUUUGUGUAUUUGUAUUGCAUAUUCUAGGAGUAACCUUGCCAUAUCAUUGAACUAUAAUAUGAAUCUAAAUUAUGGAAUCAGUGUUCAAGAUAAUUUUUAUAGUCAUCCGAUUUCAAUGUUGUCUUACAUCCACCAGAUCCCAGAUAAGUUGACGAAUAACAUUGUUAUUGUUCAUUAAAGUCUGUGAACAUAUUUCAGCGUAUUGUAAGGAUACAUGAAUAGUUGCCAAAUUAGUAAUUGUCCCUGAGAUCUUGGCCGCAAUCAAACUUGAAUGCAAUUCAUAAACAAUUUUCGAAGCUAUUGCUUAGCCAAAGUAUAUAAAAAUUAGCUUUGUUUCUCAUUUGAUUAUAAUCGCUAUAUCGCUAUAAAUCCAUGGGAUUCUUGAAGUUAACUAUACUCGUGAAUUACCUGCAGAGUGAUUACCCUUAACAAAAAUAGUUAUGGAACGCAAUAUUUAUUCAAUUCACUCUUGUUAAUAUACUUGUUUUCAGCAUAAAAACUAAUAAAUACUUGAUAUUUGUUUAUUUUGUGCAAUGUCUAUUUUCUGUCUUGUCCGCAGGUUUAUCUUGUAGAUUUUUGUUUUGCGUGUAGUGCGGUCCUCCUGCACUUACUAUUAAGAGUAUUCAAUUGACUGGUGCAAUUUCCUAAACCUCCAAGAGGUCAUUUUGAAGUUACUUCUGGUGGCAGUAAUUUUGUAAAGAAAAUGAAUUAACAUAAUUUGAGAAACAAUAUUGUAAUGUAUUUAAAGAAUUGGUGUCUUAUUUCUGGUCUUAUUUACUAUGUUAUUCAUAAUAUUCAUCAUUUAUGUUCAUUUUGUCCACCUCGACAAAAAAAAUUAAUAAUGAUUUUUGCAUGUAUUUUGAUAACCAUCCUAUCUUAUCGCAAUUAAACAAAGUUUACACAAAUAAUUUU